AUGCAAACGAAGAAACUGAUCUUGGACAGUGACAGAGAAACGACAUAUUGGACAGGUUUUAGAUUUCUCCAACCAAGUUCUGGAAUUUUUAUUGAUAAGGAACUUACUUUAAGCAUGAACAAUGAAAAAUAUGGCCACAAUUUAAAGCGACUGCAUGCUUUCCGGAAGACUCAGACGAUAAAAAAGUUUCGGUACAAAUGAUGCAACCAAACAUGUCGAAAUUAAAAUCACAAUAUUAUUACACGUUUGAAGAAUAAAAAUUUAACACUCUUUUGUUCUUCUCUUCACAUUAAAAUGCUCCUUUCAUAGAUCGACUUUUUUUCGCGGGAGUUUUUAAUCUUUAAUCAUGGGGAUUUGCAAAGAUUAGUCGGUUAGAAAUAAAAAUAUUAAAACU